AUCACGGACACCGAAGAACAAACCUCUCUCUGUUUCUCUCAAUAUUUCUCUCUCUAGAAAACACAACACACACUGUUUCUUUCUUUCUUGGUGGUGUUAACUUAAAUUACAGUACACAUACAGACAACUGAUGAACCUGUGAUUCUUCAACUUUUAAGCUGUAAAAGGGAUUCCAAAACUCCUGUUUUUCGAUGCAAGCAUCUGGACAUCAUAGCCGAUCGAGAAUGCCUAACACGCUUUGCUGUCAACCCGUCCUAAAAUUCGAAUCCUACUCACCUCAACAGUGUCAUAAUUUAAACCCCCAAAACUCGAGCCACAAUUUUCAAGAUCGAUUUUGUACACUAGAGUCAUCUUUGCUAAUCGAAACUUGUUACAACUCACCUUCGAGCGUCACUUUCUCACCCAACAACGAGAGCUCAUUAUCCCACCAAGAAGAUGCAAACGAACUGAAGCACAAGCUGAGAGAACUCGAGAAUGUAAUGUUCGGGCCGGAUCUUGACUUUCUUGAAAAUUACGAGAAUACCCUUUUGGCCUCGGCCGAGAUUGACAGCUGGCGACAGAUUGUGGAGCCCACGCCGAGAGGGGACCACUUAAAGCAGGUGCUUAUUGCGUGCGCAAAGGCCGUUUCGAACGAUGACGUGCCAACGUCACAAAGGUUGAUGUCUGAAUUACGCCAGCUGGUGUCGGUUUCCGGCGAGCCGUUACAGCGUUUAGGAGCAUACAUGCUCGAAGGGCUCGUUGCUAGGGUGAGUUCUUCCGGAAGGUUCUUAUACAAAUCCCGGGAGCCCGUGAAUCGCCAGCUUCUAUCGUAUACGCAAUUGCUCCACGAAGCGUGCCCUUAUUUCAAAUACGGAUACAUGUCAGCAAACGGUGCUAUUGCAGAAGCGAUGAAGGAUGAAGAGAGGGUUCAUAUAAUCGAUUUCCAAAUAGGCCAAGGGAGCCAGUGGGUCCCUCUGAUUCAGGCCUUCGCCGCCCGACCCGGCGGGCCGCCCCGUAUUCGGAUAACGGGCAUCGAUGAUGCCACAUCAGCAUAUGCGCCACGUGGCAGUGGAUCGAACAUCGUGGGGCGGAGGCUAUCGAAGCUGGCCAAGAGCUUCAAAGUCCCUUUCGAGUUCAAUUCCUCUAGUGGAGCCCACCUCGAAAACCUAGUCACUCAAUCGGGCCAAAAAGAAGCACUUGCGGUGAAUUUUGCAUUCGUCUUGCACCGCACGCCCGAUGAAAGUGUAAGUACCGUUUUGAGGAUGGUGAAAAGACUUAAUCCGAAAGUGGUGACUUUAGUGGAGCAAGAAUUGAAUACAAACACGGCUGCGUUCUAUCCAAGGUUUCUUGAAACAUUGGAUUACUACACAGCGAUGUUCGAGUCGAUCGAUGUGACGGUGUCGAGGGAGGACAAGGAGAGGAUAAACAUGGAGCAGCACUGUUUGGCAAGAGACGUAGUGAACGUAAUUGCAUGUGAGGGAGGAGAGAGAGUGGAGAGGCACGAGACGCUUGGGAAGUGGAAAUCGAGGUUUAAAAUGGCUGGUUUCAGACAAUUUCCAUUGAGUUCUUUGGUGAAUGGUACAAUCAAGAAGUUGAUGGAGAGUUGGUGUAAUAGAUUUAGUGUUGAAGAGAGAGAUGGUGCACUUUAUCUUGGCUGGUUGAACAGAGAUUUGGUGGCUGCUUCUGCCUGGAAAUGACAGCACCUGCAUUUUGUUUGUACUAUGAUGUUGUUGUCUUUACAUUAUGACAUUUUGUUAAUUGUAAUAAAUAUACAGAUGUGAAUCCAUCAUGCAUCAAGGACAAAAAUGGAAAUUGUCAAAA